AUGAAGAAUGAAAGACACAUACGGGAGCUCUACAACUCCAGCGGGAUAUCCGAGGAAGUUUUCUGCACAAACGAGUAUGGAUUUGUGGUGGACAGCUUCAGCUCCCAGACAAAAGACAACCCCGUCUCCAUCAAAAACGAAUGGUAUGAUCUUAUAACAAGGUGCAAGAACAGUGGAGAGAGGCUCCGCAGAAGCGAAAGCGCAAGAAGGCUAAUAUACCAGGGGAUUCCUCUUUCGCUGAAGUAUAGGCUGUGGGGGCUGUUUACUCAAAGAACUUCAGACUUCGACUACUCGGCUCUAAUCUCUAGGAAAAGCGGGUACGAGCACCAGAUCCAUGUAGAUGUUCAGAGAACCUUUAGAAGGCACUUUCUUUUCAGCCGCGAAUAUGGCAGAGGACAGUGCGAGCUGUUUAACAUUCUUACGGCAUACUCAAACUAUAAUCCUGAGGUUGGAUACUGCCAGGGGAUGUCCAGCGCUGCUGCAUUGCUUCUGAUGUACUUUCCAGAGGAGGAGGCCUUUGAAAUGCUGGUCAGCAUCAUCAGGAACAACCACCUAGAAGCCCUGUUUGAUAAGAAGCUGAGUAAAGUUCCUCGCGUGCAGAAGAUACAGGAUGAGAUUUUCAAGGCCCUGAUACCCGAGGUGUAUAGCCACCUGCUGCACCAGAACAUAGACAUUGGAGUCUAUGCUGUUGGGUGGUACCUGACGCUGUUUACAAGAUUCGACAUCAAGCUGGUUCUGAGGAUGUGGGACUUCUUUCUGUUCUUCGACUUUUCCAUAUUCAUGUUCUUUGCUGCCGGCAUCCUCAAGUUCUUCGCAAUGGGGAUACUAGAGCUCCAGGGCGAGCAGCUUAUUGAGUUUAUAGGAACCUUGGAUUCGAAGGAUGUGGAUGUCGAAAGGAUUGUUUCAUACGUAGUGGAGUCCUUCAGAAAUGGAGAGUAUGAGUAUUAUAGAGAUAGGGUUUGA